UCUGCUGUUUUUCUUUAUACUGGCAACUCUUCCUUUUUUUUUUUCUUUUUGUACGUUUAAUUAAAGGUGUUUAAACUAAAAAAAAAAAUUGGUCUGUGAAAUCUGGUGUUUUCUUGCCAUGAGACAAAUUUUACUCGUCAUCUGAGCAACUGUAAAGCAUUAAGACUGAUUUUAUUCCAAAACACCGAAAUGUGCAGGGUAACUGCUCGUAAGCACAAAGGGAACCAGUGUGGACCGUCACAAAGCGGUGUAGUUGGAUCGAGGCGCCGAUUGCCUCAUGAGUCCGCGCAUGCGCAGUGCGAGCCAGGAGCCGCAGGAGAGCAGAGCUGCACUCCAAAGUAAAGCACAGGCCUGUAUGAGUGUCAACAUCAACAUGGAGUCACCGCCCAAAGAGCCCGACUGUGCUCACGUGGCAUCACCCCCCUCUUUGCCAGGCGACGCCAUCCUUGUCUGUGGGACGGAUAAUAUGGCCAAGAAUCCUCGGCCUCAGACGCACACCACCACAGCUUUGCUCCUCCCAGCUCCAGCUCCAGGCCAUCAAAAAGUGGAGCUAGCACCAACUUUGGCAGUGACUGACCCCAACAAAGGAGGCAGGGUCACUGAAACGGUCAAACCCACUUUGACAGCACAGGUAGCUGGGGCUUGUAGCAUCGUCCACGUCCUCGAAUGGAAGGAAGGAAUGGCCAUCCUGCCCGGGAGUAACCUCAAGUUCUGUGUUAGUGAUGUAGGAGCUCUGAGUACAUUAAUCACUCCGGCAGCAACUUCCAGCACCAAUAAUGAACCUGCAGCAGGGACUUCGGGUAGAUUAAUCAAAGCAGAAAGCGCUCCAUCGGAAAAGCAUGACAUGUCAACUCCUGUGGUGUCAGUGAGUGGGACUGGUAUGGAGCCAGAGAAGUUACUUCAGGUUAAAUCUGAUGUCCAGAUGGGACCAGGCCAGCAGAACCAUCAUCCUAAAGCUCAGAGGAUUUACACAGAGGAACUACGCAGAGACUCCAUGGUGGACAAGAGGAGUGUUGGAGUCGAGAAGGUCCCAGCCGGUGCAAGGGUCUCAUCUUUAAAUGUUGAUCAGCUGAAACCCAUGAAAAAGCGGAAGAGGAAGGAAUAUCUAGGACCAUCUGAUGAAGACUCUGACGUUGAGGGCAUGGAUGACAAAAUGGAAGACCUGAAAGCAGAUGGCAGAUAUAUCAGAGGAGGUGGAGACAUGAGGACGGAGCCGUGGACGUGGACUCAAUAUCUGCAAGAAACCAAAACUAUCGCUGCUCCUGAAAAUCUUUUCCAAGAGACUCAACGACCACCAACAGUGAAAAACGAAUUUAAACAGGGGAUGAAGCUGGAGGGUAUCGACCCUCAGCACCCGUCCAUGUACUUUGUUCUUACUGUGGCCGAGGUGUGUGGCUACCGUCUGCGUCUCCAUUUUGAUGGCUACUCUGACUGCCACGACUUCUGGGUGAAUGCCAACUCACCUGAUGUGCAUCCUGCAGGCUGGUGUGAGAGCACAGGACACAAACUGCACACUCCCAAAGGUUGUAAAGAAGAAGAGUUUACGUGGACCAACUACCUAAGAAUGACUAAAGCACAAGUGGCCCCCAAAGAGCUGUUUGCCAGUCCUGGAAGGAUCGACACCAUGAGUGACUUCGAAAUAGGGAUGAAACUGGAAGCUGUUGAUCGUAUGAACCCCUCCCUCAUCUGUGUAGCAACCAUUACUGACGCCGUGGAUGACCGCUUCCUGGUGCACUUUGACAAUUGGGAUGACACAUAUGACUAUUGGUGUGAUGCCACCAGUCCAUACAUCCAUCCUAUUGGUUGGUGCAACGAGAGAAGUUUGCCUUUAACGCCACCCCAAGAUUAUCCUGACCAGGCAGCAUUCAACUGGUCCCGCUACCUGCAUGAGACUUGUUCUAAGGCAGUGGCAGCUGAGUCAUUUAAAACGCGUCCACCUCACAGCUUCCUGCCUCAGAUGAAAUUGGAGGCUGUGGACAAGAGGAGUCCUGGUCUCAUCAGAGUGGCAACAGUGGAGGAAGUGGAGACUCAUCGCAUUAAGAUCCACUAUGACGGAUGGAGUCACAUAUAUGACGAGUGGAUGGACUCGGAUCACCCUGACAUCCAUCCUGCUGGCUGGUGUGAGGCCACCGGUCACCCGCUCAAAGUCCCGCCACAUGAAGCCAAAGCACAGCAGACACACGGUCCGAGAGAGCCUCCCACUUUGGCCCAAUCCUCUUACCCACCUUCUGUUUCCUGUAAACCCAUCAGCCACACCAGAACCAACAAGUACAGCUUCCACAACAAAAAGUGUCCAACUCCAGGUUGUGACGGUUCAGGCCACGUAACCGGUCGCUUCACGGCCCAUCACUGUGUUUCUGGCUGCCCGUUAGCCGAGCGCAACCAAGGCAGGCUCAAGGUGGAGCUCUCAGACUCUGAGAGCAAGAGGAGCCUCUUUUUUGGCCAGAGGACCAAGAAGACACAUUAUCGUGGCAGGAUUGGACGGCCACCCAAAUAUAGGAAGAACCAGCAGAGAGACUAUCAGAACAUGUCAUCUGAGUGCGUCUACCCGUCAUUGUUUGUGUCGGCUCUGAGUGGUCAAUCAGACCGCACACUGUCUCUGUGCUGGGAGCAACACUGUAAACUGCUGCCCGGCGUCCUCGGCAUUCCUGCUAGUCAGGUGGCGACAUGGAGUGUGGAGGAGGUCUUCACUUUUGUGCAUAAUCUAAUUGGCUGCGAAGAUCAAGCCCGUCUUUUUAAAGAAGAGAUGAUUGACGGCGAGGCCUUCCUGCUACUGACUCAGGCCGACAUCGUGAAGAUUAUGAGCAUCAAACUCGGUCCCGCUCUGAAGAUCUCCAACGCCAUCCUCAUGUUUAAAAGCACGGACGAGUCCCUGAAAUGAAUCCAUCUCCUCACUCGGGGUUAGGAUGAGUUCAUUGUGCAAGGCGAAACUGCCUUUUGGUAUGUUUUGAACAGAAGCAUAUUGCUGCCACGCCAAAAGAAACAAGUUUAGUUUCACAUCGUAACGUGAUUAUAAUGUUUUAAAUUUGACUUACAUAUUUGGUACUGAAAACUUACUUGCAGGGCGCUUAUUUAACUCAUGAAAGCAAUUAACGGCGCCAAACAUCCAAUUCAUUUUGACUCGGACGUCCCAGUCAAAAUGGAUUGGACGUCUGGCGCCAUCAAUGGCACUGAAAGAUGAGCAUUUACGGCCAUCUCCUCCCAAUUCAAAUGAACUGGAGCAUGUAAAUGAUUAGGUUGUAAUAUUAUAUUGAAAUUUUCCCUCCCUGGUUGGACAGCAAUACGCUUCUGUUGUUUUGUGUUAUGUACCCAUAAGUGGUGUUGGGAAGUGUAGAAGCAAUUGACAAUUUAGUAAGAAUGUGAAAGAUACAAAAUGGAUAUCAGGGUGCGUUAGGCAGUUGAAUAAAGAGUUGCAUCAUCAGAAUUAACUUAACCCCAAACUAGAGUUCUUUUUAUUAUAGGUGAUAUCUUUAGUGAGCUUUUGCUAGAAAGAAAGAAUGAAAAAGACACAUUUUUUAAUCACUUUAUUUUUUUAUAUGUAGAAACUUCUGUCCAGGUUAAUUUGACCAGUAUAAGGAGAUGCAAUGUUCUCUCUGAACUUGCCACAUAGCAAAUGAGCAGGCACAUUCUAAUCAAUUUCACAUUUACGACAAUGCAUUUUUUUAUUUUUAAUGUGAAAGUCACUAAAAAAAGGCAAUGAAAAUUUAUAUUUCGUCAUUAUUAUGUUGUUACAAUCCCAUGUGCCAAGUUAAAAAAAAAAUUGCAUUUACAGUGGUAUGAAAAAGUAUCUAAACCUUUUCGAAUUUCUCACAUUUUUGCAUAAAAUCCCCAUCAAAUGUGAUCUGAUCUUCUGAUCUAGGUUUUCAUAUUUUAAUGAGGAUAUGCAAACAAUGACAGAAGGGUGAAAAAUAAGUAAGUGAACAAUCACAUUGAAUAUUUUGUGCCCCCCAGCAAUUUGACAGCAAUAACUUUAACCAGACGCUUCCUGUAGCUGCAAAACAGUCUGGCACAUCGAUCAGGACUAAUCUUGGCCCAUUAUUCUCUACAAAACUGCUGUAGUUCAGUCAGAGUCCUGGGAUGUCUGGCAUGAAUCGCUGUGUUUAGGUCAUGCCACAGCAUCUCAAUGGGGUUCAAGUCUGGACUUUGACUCGGCCACUCCAGAACGUGUAUUUUGUUCUUCUGAAACCAUUCUGAAGUCGAUUUACUUCUGUGUUUUGGAUCAUUGUCUUGUUGCAGCACCCAUCCUCUUUUUAGCUUCAACUGUCUGACAGACGGCCUCAGGUUUUCCUGCAAAACAUCUUGAUAAACUUUUGAAUUCAUUCUUCCAUCAGUGUGGCAAGUUGUCCAGGCCCUGAGGCAGAAAACACCCCCAAAUCAUGAUGCUCCCACCACCAUUGCUUCACAGUGGGGAUGAGGUGUUGAUGUUGGUGAGCCGUUCCAUUUUUCCUCCACACAUGACGUUGUGUGUUACUUUUCCUGAAAAAUAUCCUGAUAAACUUUUGAAUUCAUUCUUCUAAUAUUGAUUGCAAGUUGUCAGGGCCCAGAGGUAGCAAAACAGCCCCAAAUCAUGGUGCUCCUUCCACCAUGCUUCAUGGUGGGGAUGAGGUGUUGAUGUUGGUGAGCUAUUCCAUUUCUCCUCCACCAAUGACGUUGUGUGCUACUCCCAAACAAUUCAACUUUGGUUUCAUCAGUCUACAAAAUAUUUUGCCAAAACGUAUGUGAAGUGUCCAAGUGCCUUUUUGCGAACAUUAAACGAGCAACAAUGUUUUUUUAAACAGCACUGGCUUCCUCCGUGGAGUCCUCCCAUGAACACCCUUCUUGGCCAUCGUUUUACAUAUAGUUGAUGUGUGCAGAGAUAUUGGACUGCGCCAGUGAUUUCUGCAAGUCUUUAGCAGACACUCUAGGGUUCUCUUUUACCUCUCUGAGUAUUCCGCACUGAACUCUUGCGUCAUCUUUGGUGGAUGGCCACUCCUUGGGAGAGAAGCAACAGUGCCAAACUCUAUCCAUUUCUCUUACUGUCAAUUGAUGAACAUCCAGACUUUUAGAGAUGGUUUUAUAUCCUUUCCCAGCUUUAUACAAAUCAACAAUCCUUGAUCGUAGGUCUUCAGACAGCUCGCUUGACUGAGCCAUGAUGCACAUCAGCCAAUGCUUCUCAUCAAGACAAUUCUUACCAGGUGUGUGUUUUAUAGUGGGCAGGGCAGCUUUAAAUCACUCAUCAGUGAUUGGGCACACCUGACUGAAAUUCUUUGGUUAAAAUUUCAGUUGCUCUUUAAGUCUCCUUAGGCACAGGGUUCACUUACUUAUUUUUCCCCCUUCUGUCAUUGUUUGCAUGCUAUCCUCAUUCAAAUAUGAAAACCUAUACAUGUUUGGGUGGUUUUAGUUAAAGAAGAGUUUUUGCAUCUGUGAUUUUGACAAAGAGCAUAUCACAUUUGAUGGUGAUUUUAUGCAUAAAUGUGAGAAAUUCCAAAAGGUUCAGAUACUUUUUCAUACCACUGUAUUUUUGAAUAGAAAACAAUGCUCCUAUCUCCAUUUUUAUGUAUUUUUUAAAAACAUAUUUUGCUUAAAAUGUCGUUUUUGAAUGGUAAAUUGAAAAAGGUAACCAAAUUAAACAUAAAAUGCUGUUUUUAAAUGAUCAUUUUAUUCAUCAAGGGAAUAAAUAUAAGCUAAUUUUAAAAAUUUGAGAAACCAUAAGAAUUUGAAAAGGGAGCAAACAUUUACUUUUUCAUGGCACUGUGCUUUUUUUUUCCUAAUAUGACUUGACAUCUAACCAGCUGUAAAAAGUACACAACUUGAAUUUAAAAAAAAAAAAAAAAAACACACAACUGUUUGUUUACUUACAUCAGGGAGUCCCCUGUAUACAAAAGCACAGUCUGUGUUCAACUAGCAACUUAUAAAGUAUCCGUUGUUUUUCAAAUUAGUUCCUCGUGAGGGUAAUUCCCUUACUACUGUGUGCGAACCAUUAACUUUUGUUGCUGGUGAUAUUUCUGCUGAUUAAAAGUAGUUCAUAGGAAGAGUAAUAUUGAUGCAACUCAAUUUCAAAGUCAGCUUGACAUUGCAGGGUAAGUAAGUACUGUAAAAUUUAUUGUUGGAAGUUGGAAUUAUUGUUUAAGCAACAUUGGAAAGUUUAAAUUCUGUGAAAAAAAUGAAGAGUAAGAAUUAAUGCAGUAGACGAGGCCGGCAAACGAAGCUCUUUGAAGCUUCUUUUUGUGCAAUAAAAACAAAAUUAGUCUCUUAGCUCUAACUUAAAGUCUGUGACUGAUGUAUUUUUCAACAUAUCUUAAGUGUUUGCCUUCUUGUUUGUGGUUUUGUGCCUCAAAAUGUGUCCUACAUUUAAGUUCCGGCUCCCGCCCUAAAAAAAUAAUACUGUACAUACGUAUGGGAGCUCAGUUAUGAUGCUGACUGGAAAUAACGGAACAUUUAUUGCUUUUUCUUCAUGCAACAAAUUUCAUUUGUGGAUGCGUUGGCAUUUUGAGCACAACUGUGAACCCACAUGGGAUAAAAGUGUUAAAAUCACUAUAAACAAGUUUACAUAAAUACUGUGUUUUUCAACAGGUGUUCAUCUAAUGUCAUUCUUGGAUUUUGUGUGUUAAUUCACUGGAAUGUCUUAAGGGCUCUUGGCUUUGUGUCUCUCUGGUGUGUGUGUGCGUGUGCGUGUUAUAAGACAAAGUGGAAUCAUAAAUGUCAUUCAAAUAAAUGCCAAAAUUUGAACUUUUUUCCUCUUUCUUUUGGAGGGCUCACAAUUACAGUACAGCACAAAUGGAAUGCAAUGU